AUGAUUGCUAUAAUUUUGGGGCCUUAUACACUUUCAUGGAGGAACUUUGAACUCUGCAAGGGAUCGAAAGCGAAAAAUUUGACUGAAAUAGUGGUCGAUAUUCAAAACCAAGGCGGCGGCGACUACUAUGGUCGCAUUAAUUUUACUUUCUUUGUUCCUAGUCGAAUUGAUGAGAUUAAGAUUGUAGUGAGUACUAUAAAAGACAACGUUAAAAGUGUUCUCUGGGCUUACAAUCUGAAAGAUCCUUGCCAACAUUUUCUGUUUGCGAGUGUUAUUGAGAAGAAUCUGAAUGCGCAUAACUGCGCUGUCGAAAAGGGAAAUUAUUUUUUUGAAAUAAACUUUUCUGAGCUGACGAAAUCGUUCUUGGGUUCGUCUUUCUUCUAUGGCGAUUAUAUCAUGAAAGCGACCGUUAUAACGAAGAAGGGGAACAUUGUGUGCAUUUCCAUAAACAUGGCAGUGGAGAAGAAAGGAAAAGAAGCAGCCUAA